AUGUCAAAUCAGGAGGCAGUCGUAAAAUAUAAGGAUGUUAUAAGUCAUCUAGCAACCAGUGAUCUAAGACAGGUGGUUAUAAGAUCCGAAAAACUGGCUCAGCUCAUUGCAGGUUCAAAAGCUCCUGUACACUAUGAGCGCAAGAUCUCAAAUGGUAAAACGGUCAUAUAUAAAUGCAUCAAAAAGGCACUGUUUUCCAGUGUCACGUCUAUUUCUUCUCGGUUUUCCUCAGACACUGAUAUUUCACAAUUUCUCCAUCUAGAUUACGAAUAUCAGACUCAUUUUCAAGCUUUGAGUGGACAGAUCAAGAAAUACUGCGGCGUGAAGAAGUACUACGAGUUAAAGUUUGCCGUGAUUGAUAAUUUCGGGACUGAAGUGCAAACCAACGGCUUCACAUUGUUAACAUUUUGGGUGACCUCUUUUGAUGAGUUUGUUAGGAGAGGGCAAAGGAACGCUUCGAAUAAAGAGGCCGACUUUCAACGCUUUUAUAAACUAAUGGUGGAAUACUCAUCUUGGAAAUGGGCUUCAAAUAAUAAAAGACAACACCAGUUCAUGUGUCAAUUCCGAACUAAGCUAAAGGAAGGUCUGGCGAGAUUUUACGAAAGUUUCGAUUUUCAGAAGUCCAGCGAUCCGUUAGGAGAAUUGAUUAAGCCUUGGGAAAGAGCUGCGUAUGUCGCUGGACACAUAGAUGCAUUUACUGGAGAGCAAAUUAGAAUUUACGGUGCUGAAUUAUUCUGGAAAUUUAGAAAUCUUGUGUUCUCUUCCAUUUCCUCUGUCGUUCUUAGAUUGAGUGACCUUCAAAAUAUACACAAUACAUUUCAACCUUACGGGAAGGAAAGGUUCGUUCAAGAUUUUGCCCGCAUACGAUCUUUAAAAUGGAAUAAGGAUGAUACCGUUGUAAGAUUGAUUCAUGCCUUGGUUCUUAAUGAUAUGUUUCCUUAUUUUAGUCCGGAACAGGUGGGAACAAUGGGACAUGGAGUCCAUUUCUUGCGCUUGUUAAGGAAAAAUUUCCAAGAGAAUAUAAUCGACGUUAAAGAUUUUCAUGUUCAGGUGAUGAAGUACCUAAACUCUCAAUUUAAAAACGAUUACAAUUUCUUGGUGGCAUCGCCAAAGAUUCCAGAUCGAAGCCAAAGCCUGAAAAUGGCUCCUCACACCUUGAAUGACAAUAACAAAAUACAAGUGCUACUUUCUGUUACAGGUGAAUAUACACAUUUCGUGGAUAAUGAAGAAUCUUUGCAGCAGCACAUGUUAUACCCUAGGAUUUACACAAAUGAGCAAACUCCUAUAUCAGAUGCAUCUACUAUGUUUGAUUCUCAUCAGAUAUAUGCUGUAGUAUCACUAUUGCGAUAUUAUUUACCUGAGAAUACAAAGUUCUUCCAGGUCUACUAUCUGCCGAGUAUUUUCAAAAGGAUUCUAUAUUAUGGUACCAAGUUUCCUCACUUAUAUACCAUGGAAAAUUGCCUAGAACGACAGGUUCUGGAAUCCCUUACAGCACUAGAGCCCUCGUUGGUUUAUGCGAUAAAUAAUCUCGUUAGAUUCAGCAUGGAAUCACUAAAGAAUGUAUCGCUAAUAAGUGUUCACAAAACCCCUUCAAGCGUUAUUCUUUUACCUCAAAAAGAAUUCAAGUCGCUUUGUGAAGUAAACAGGAGCUUGAACGAACCCUUUUGGCCCAACGGAUGGUUUGCGAAUAGUUGGCCAGAUUUAGCGAAUAAACAAUUGGAAGCAGGUCAAAUUUUGCAUGACGCAUUUGCCUUUCAUCUUUUUGAGAUUGAGCUACCAAUUAUCAUCGCUAACACAAGUAAUACUCAUUUGAAGCUUGUUUCCAACAUGUGUACCACCAGCAUAUUAUACUUAUAUAAUGAAGCUGACUCCUUACCAUUAACCACUAUUCAAGAAAAGCUAGCUGUUUUACCAGCAAGCAAACGGAGUGAAAUCCUGUUAAACAAUUUAAGUAGAUUAACAAAAAUGAGGCUACUACUAUUGAAAGAGGGCAAAGACGGGCAAAAAGUCUACACAUUUAAUUUCAAUUACAAGAAUACUGGUCAAAGCACGUCGACAAUGAGGGUUAUCUAA